UGAAAAGUCACAUUUUUUCAGUAAAAUGAUCAUCGACCAUAUUGUCGUGUUACUGUAGUGACUAGUUAUUGCGCGCCGUGCGUCGCGUUCAGUGAGAUUGUUUAAAUAUUGAUUUUUUUUUAUUUGGACUAUUUGCAUGUGUGCGCCGAGAAUGUUUAUAACUUUAGUUGGGGCCUGCUAUAUGGUACUAUUUUGGGAACGGCCAAAUGUUGGCUUUGUACUCGGGAGCACCAUUGUAGAGCUCGCGUUUAGACCGCACGGAAACUGUAAAACUCCCGACAUUCGGUAUAAAAAUACAGAUCCAGUAUUGACCCUAUAAAUAUACAGUCUAGUCUAUAACAGUUUCUACUAAAUAAAUUAUAAAAAAAACGAAUACUAUUUCGUAGUACUUAAUUAGAAAGAGAAAAUAUAAUAUUUUUUACCUGUUAGUAUUAAUGUAACACUGUGAUACAAAGUUUUUGAAGAGGGAAGAUAAAGAAAUCGAAGCGGACUUUUGUGCAAUUUUUUAUAAUUAAAUAAUUCUAUUAAUAUCUAAGUGAAAAACGGUUUCGUGCAAUUUUUUCGCGAAGUGUAAAGUAAAGUGUUUGGCCAAAGAUAUGCUUAGGUAGUUGUAUGUGAUAGUUCGCGGACCGAAAUAGAGAUGGCGCUGCCACCGCAACAGUUUUGCGUGAGGUGGAACUCUUACCACACCAAUUUACAGGCGGUAUUCCCCCGGCUCCUCCUAACGGAGCAGUUUGCGGACGUGACAUUAGCGUGCGAGUCCCGGCAGCUGCGAUGUCACAAGCUGGUCCUCUCAGCAUGCUCAGCGUACCUCGAGCGGCUGUUACUACAGAACCCGUGCGACCAUCCCAUCGUGCUGAUGCGGGAUAUGAGGUUCAGUGAAAUGCAAGCGCUAGUAGACUUCAUGUACAAGGGCGAGGUGAACGUCACGCAGGACGAGUUGCCCAGUCUACUGAAGUCUGCUGAGGCGCUACAGAUCAGAGGUCUAUGCUCAAGCGACACAUCGAGUUUGUCCUCCGAGCUGGGCACGCUGGGCGCGGACAGUGCGGCCGCCAAGGAUAGAGACUACACGGUUGCCAGCGACGCACUCGUCGCCAACGCGCAGAGGGAACAUGGAACUACUAAUGGCCCCACGACCCACCUCCCGAAGCCCCCACCAAACAACACCCACACAACGAGUAAUGGUACUAAAAAGCGGAAGUCGGAGGAACGCGCGGACAUCAAGGAGGAGACCGUGGAGGAAGAUGGACUCUACUACGGGGAGCUCGACAAUGAUAAUAUGGAGUUUAAUGAGGACGAUGAACCCGGCAAACCAGGCAGCAGUUUAGGACAACCCUCCGGGCGCUCCUAUCUCCGCGUCAAGCCGGAGAGUGAACUAUUCUUCCAAACUAAACUACAAAACUUAGCGAACUCAGAGUACAUAAGUAGACUCGCCAAAAUGAGUACGUCAGAAAUAAGGAACGAAUUUUCAAAAUACGGUUUCAAUACCAACCCAACUGAUGAAUACACCCAAAAAUCAAGUGACAAGUCUGAAAAUGAUUAUUACAAGUCUUGGUUAGAGCAAAACGGGGAACUAGAGGUGUCCCUCCUAAAAGCUAGCCAAGUGAAGAAACCAAAACCUGAUCCCAAGAACCAAAAAUCUGAAGUAGAGUUGAUACCCAAAACCAAAGACGGUGUUGCCAAUAAAGAAGUUUUCCCUAAAUUGGGGGAGAAAUCUCAGAUGCGGAGGCGUGGUAGACCACCAAUAUUUAAGGAUAGGAAUAUAGAUAUCGGGGAGACUGUUCUCAAGUCUGAUUUGGACCAAUUUUUGGAGGGAAAGGAAGUUAGCUCGUCAGGGCUGUCGCGUAAGGAUCUGGAGCGUGUAAUGAUGGGAAAGUUCAACCCUAACCGCCGAUACUCUAACGAGGCCAUGUGGGCCGCGCUCAUGGAUGUCAAGAAGGGAGGCAGUAUAUACAGAGCGGCACAAACACACAAGGUCCCGCGCAAAUCGUUGCGCAACUGGAUGAAGCGUUGUCACAUAAAAUCCUCAUUCCCAAUGCCCCAGCAACUGAAGCAAUUCGUAGAGAAUAGCAAGAAGCAGAAGGAAUACAAGUCCUUCGAGUACACGCCGGCCACGGACCAGAAUAAUUACAAAAGUGGCACCGAAACGGAGAAUUAUGACGCUGAGGAGUUCGGCAAGCAUUUUCUUUUCAACUCUAACUUGUCAAGCGAAGAUGAAGUUGGUAAGAGUGAUGACAAGGAGGAGAAGAAAGGAGAUGAUGGUACGUCGGCAUUAGACAUGUCGUUACAUGAAUGAGGUGGUUAAGUGGGUGGUUUAUUGGUGAUUUUUGUGCGAGAUGGUUUUUGGGGAUUAGUGACUUUGCUACUUAUGCACUGGGGAAUAAGAGGCGUUUUUUUUUCGUAAAUGGGGAUUAUUUAUUGGUAUUUUAUUGUGAUAGAAUGUUAGUUUUUUCACAUAUUGGGGUUUAUAAUUGAGGCUAUUAAUGUUAGUAAGUUUUAUUUUAAUCGUUUCAGUAUUCUCACAUUCAGUUAUACCGAUAGAUGUAUUCCGCUUUUAAAAUAUUAUUGUACGUUGAUAAUGUAUACUUCCCCAAAUCAUACAUUAAUUUUUGCUCCUCUCCACAAAAAACGCCAAGGCCUUUCUGCCCACUAAACGUCACUGUGACAGCCGCUAGCGUGAAUUCUGACAGUUGAUAUUUUGACAUUGACAGCUGUCAAAGGUGCUUAACAUGCAAUUUUUCUGUUAUUAUGCAAUUUGAAAGUUCUAGUUAAGGAAUUAAAUUAUGUUUUCUUUGUCUCUGUUAAAAUAAACGACUUAUUGUUAAUCUUAGGAUCGAAUGUACUUAUAAAUUGAUAUAUGGCUAUUUUUAAGAGCUAUUUAAUUAUUGUCGAGCCGUUUUCGAGAUUGGCGCUUAAAGACAAACUUUUAAAGGUAGGCCCCAUGGCCAGUAUACGAAAGAUGGAAAACUGCCAAAGAAAAAGCAAAGAAACGAAAAAUUUAUCAAAUUUUAUGAUAUAAUUAUAACUGAAGUGUAAUUUUAAAUUUUAUCUUUUUUCUAAUUUAUUUCGUCCAAAGAUAUGAAAUUUUGUUUUAUGGUAACUAUUUAUUUAGUGUCGCGUGUGAACAUUUGGGGUGCUAUUAAAAUAUAUACCUCUAAUUAUAUUGAAAAUUAUUUAAAAGAUCUGAAAUCUAAGAAAUAUGUGUACGACGAGUGUGAAUUAAUAGACGUAUAUGAAACACUGCUUUCUAGAUAUUACGAUUUCUCUCGAAUUGAAAAUUAAUGACAGCACGGGGUCUCGGGUUCGAUUCCUGGGUCGGCCAAAGUAUUACUGGGUUUGUAAUAACCUUAGUAGU